AUGAAUUCGACUACUGUAAAUAUACAUGUGCUUUUUACUUCUUUUUAUCAUCCAACUCCAACAAAAUACAAAAUAUUAUUAGAAGAUCAUGCUUUCCCGUCUGAUCAUUAUGCAAUAGAAUCACAAUUAAAAAUUAAAGGAUUAGAUCCAUUAAAGGCAAUGAUUUGUUUGAAGCCGAGGGAGGGAGAGGAUUGUCUUAGAACAGAAGAUAUUCUUGAAAUAAUUGAAAAAGAAGGGAAUUCAAUAUCAAUUUUAUUUUUUAGUGCUGUUAGUUAUUAUACUGGACAAUUAUUAGAUAUUCAAUUAAUAACCGAAAAAGCUAAACAAAAAGAGUGUCUUGUUGGCUGGGAUCUUUCCCAUGCUGUAGCUAAUGUGCCUCUUUAUUUAAAUAAAUGGAAUGUUGAUUUUGCUUGUUGGAGUAAUUAUAAAUAUGCUUGUUCUAGUCCGGGGGGUGUUGCUGGAAUUUUUAUUCACGAACGUUACAAAAAUGAAGGAAUGUCACGUCAAAGACUUCUUGGAUGGUGGGGUCAUCGUUUAGAUACUCGAUUUGAAAUGAAUAAUAAAAUGGAACUUUCUGAAGGGGUUGCUGGCUAUCGAAUGUCUACACCCUCGGCUAUUUUAAUGGCUGGGGUUAAAGGAUUUCUUGAGGCAAAUAUUUUUAUUAAAAUCUAA